UUUUCAGUUUUCAGCCUAUAUCCUUUCUACAUAUUUUCCGGUGCGCGUGUCAACUUUGACACGUGUUUCGUUCUGAACAAACAAAGGAACAUUAACGACACCACCCGUCUCAAGCGUGGCGCGCUUUGAACCGCCGCUGACAGUAUCACCUCGUAACCCGGGGUCGGUUUCAACAAUCUGAAGCUCAACGAAGUUCGGAAGUUCAACGGCAAGUG